CUUCAACGGCUUCAGAGCGCUUUCUCAGGUCCUGAAUCAAACUUUUUUUUUUGGAAUACACACUUUUUUCCACAAGCCCCCAUCCGAAUAAAUUAUAAUGAGCGAACAAGGCGAAACUGUAAAUACCCUUAACGUUAACUACGACCAACUCGAGUCCGUUCUCUGCAACACUCCCGGAAACGUUGCUCUUGCCGAACGAUUCCGUGCUCUUUUCACUCUCAAGAACAUUGCUGACGAUCGUUCUAUUGACAUUAUUGCUAAAGCUCUGAGUGAUGAAUCAGCAUUGUUGAAGCACGAACUGACGUACUGUCUUGGCCAAAUCGGUAACCCACGCGCCAAUGACAUUCUCGGUAAGGUGUUGGAAGACACCAAUGAAGAUGUAAUGGUGCGCCAUGAGGCUGCUGAAGCAAUGGGUGCCAUUGGUACCCUCGAGUCGAUCCCUAUUCUCGAAAAGUACUUGAACGAUUCAAGCGAGGCGGUUGCGGAAACAUGUGUCUUGGCUCUCGAAAAGAUUCGCUAUGAUAAUGAUCCAAAGAAUAAGGAAGAAAGAGAAAAGAAUAAGAGUUUGUAUAACUCGGUUGAUCCUGCACCACCUUCCGCCAAUGUAAAAACUGUCAAGGAGCUUGGUCAGCAAUUGAUGGAUACCAGCUUGCCGCUUUUCGAAAGAUACCGUGCCAUGUUUGGUUUGCGUGAGAUCGGAAACACCGAAGCUGUUGAGGAGUUGGCAAAGGGUCUCAAGGACAAGAGCGCUCUCUUCCGUCAUGAAGUUGCCUAUGUAUUUGGUCAAUUGCAGCACCCUGCCUCGGUGCCUGCCCUGACUGAAACCCUGCAGGAUGCACAGGAACAAUACAUGGUUCGUCACGAAGCUGCAGAAGCACUGGGAUCCAUUGCAACUCCUGAAGUCUUGGAAACCCUGUCCAAGUUCAAGGCUGACGACGAGCGCGUUGUGCGCGAAAGCUGUGUUGUUGCCUUGGACAUGUACGAGUAUGAGACUAGUGGCGAUUUCCAAUAUGCCAAUGGUCUUGAGACCCAGGAAAAGGCCAACAUGCACUCACUCAAGUUGGCACAACAGAAUUAAUGCCUUCUAGAUAUAAGUAUAACUCCCCCUCCCCCCCCCAUUCAUAACAUCCCAACAUGAGCAGUACAUACAAUGUACACGAAUGGAAAACACGCAUAUAAACGCACGCGAACGAUAACCUCCCCGAUCUUAGACAACUUUAUUUAGUUAUGUACAUACACUACCUUCUUCUCUGUUCUUCAUUUGUAUUACCUUGGCCCCCUAACUACGCUGCAUCUACCAUCUAUUUGAAUUUUUAAAUAAGAACCAAAAAAAAAGAGCAUA